GACGUCACUGCGUUUGGACCACAUUACCCAUAAUGCCAAGCGAGCUUCCGGCGAAAAAUUAGACAGUCCAAAGAUGGCGGACCUCCUGGGCUCGAUCCUGAGCUCGAUGGAAAAGCCUCCGACGGCUCACAACCAAGAAAGCCGACGGAAAGCUAAAGAACAAGCAGCCAGACUGAAGAAGAUGGAGGAGGACGAGAAGAGGAAGAAGGCAGAGUUUAGAAAGAAGAUGGAGAAGGAGGUGUCUGACUUCAUUCAGGACAGCACCCUGCAGAAGAAGACCUACGAGCCCAUGAGCAAGAUCAAGAGAAGUAUACUGCAUGAUGUGGCCGAGGUGGCUGGCCUCACGUCCUUUUCCUUCGGUGAAGAUGAAGAGAGCAGAUACGUCAUGCUGUUUAAACGGGAGUUUGCACCAUCGGAUGAAGAACUGGAGGCUUAUCGGAAAGGUGAGGAGUGGGACCCGCAGAAGGCUGAGGAGCGACGACGGAGGAAGGAACAGGCUGCUCUGGAGACCGAAGAGGCCAGUCGCUCUCAGAAGAGGCCUGCGUCGCCCAGCUCAAACUACAGAGACAAAUACAGCCAUCUGAUUGGAACAUCUGCUGCUAAAGACGCCGCCCACACGCUUCAGGCCAACCAAUCAUACGGCUGUGUCCCUGUGGCCAAUAAGAGAGACACGCGCUCCAUUGAGGAAGCCAUGAACGAGAUCCGAGCCAAGAAAAGGCAGAAGAAAGGCGAGGAGGACGGCGCUGGCAGCAGUGUGUGAUCAGAGUUUAUACAGAGGAGCGAUGGAGCAGGAUUCGAGUCCUACAGCAAGCUUUCAGAUGAACGGCAGGGUUCGUGAAGUGUCAUGCACAUAAAGGCAGUGCAGAACUGCUUCCAUAUUACUGUCCCAAAUCAUCUGUUUUUAGGAUAAACCCAAACAUGUGGUGUGUAAUGUUGCAAGUCCCCUGUGUUUUGUCAUGAUGCUCUUUUUAAAGUUAGGAAUGGUUUUAAGAUGGUUUGCGUGUGCAUUUCUGGAGAGAGUCCUAUUUAUUGUCUGGACAUAACUGUGCUGUGUUUGUCUGACUCAAGGCCAUUUCAUGUUCAUUUUAAGUCAUGAAACAGAAACAGUAUGUGCUUGAACUAGGAGCUGUUUCUUGUUACUGUUUACUUGCUUUGUUUUAAAAUAAAUUUGGUUGAGGACUGUU